AAAAUCCGAAGCAAGCAGUCCGAGGAUAUAAUAAUAUUAUAAAAAAACUAGAGUUGUUGUUCGAAGCCACGAAUAGACUAAAUAAUCUGAAAGCAAGCUCUAAAAACAAAAUUGAGUUUCGCUAUUCGGAGUCCGAAAAAAGUGGAGUUACGCGACAACAAUCUUUCAGAUUAUUUACUUGAAAGGUAAUAGCGAAUCAAGCGUAGGAAACGCUAAGAAUUGUUUCCGGAGAAAAUUCAAAUUAUAUUAGCCAUUUGGAUAACGGAUAACUAUUCAUGUCCAUGUGGUCGUCCAGACAGUGCGGAAAACAAAAUGGUGCAGUGCGAAGAAUGUCUCCGUUACCACCACUUUUCAUGUGCCGACGUCAACGAUAGCAUCGAAGCAGAUGACCGACAUUUCAUAUGCGUGUGUAUGAAAAACCGAGGAGGAACAACCCGAUCAAAAUCUGGUAAAUCAUCAACAUCUAGUAGCCAGGCUGCAAAGCUUGCCUUGGACUUACAGCGUCUAGAGGAAGAAAAACUGAUUCGUGAAAAGGCUGCGCAGGAGAAGGUGAGAAGGGAAGAGGAAUUCCUAAGCAAGAAAUAUGAUCUGUUGUACGCUCAGAUCGACGAACAAGAUGAAGCAGACAGCAUUAAAAGUCGUCGAACAAAUCGUAGUACGCGAAGUGUGCAAAACUGGCUGAAUAAUCAAUCUGUAGCGCUAUGCAGUACUCCAACAACCAAUGGUAAUGUCACGAAAUUUCAACACCGAACUGGGGCAAUAACGAAGCAGCAGACAGGUGUAAGGACAAAGGAAGCCUCCAAUCCACUGUGUGAUUCCAGAGAUGAGGACAAGCGGUUACAAAUGUCACAUUCCAUGAAAAAGAAUCGAUCUCCACAAUGCAAUGGAAGCAGAAUCCCAUGUCUACGGUCGACCUAGUAAUUUCACCCACGCCGAUGGACAGUAUGCAGCAGCUUCAACGUCAAUGCGAUGUAUUAGCAGAAGAAAUGCAGAAGUUCCAGAUAAAAUAUUCGACACAAACAUCACAGAUGCCGGAGAACAGACAGCAGCCAACUCACAAUAACAGCCAGUUAGAAGAGUUCGAUUCCGCCGCGAAAACCCCAUACGCGUUUCAGAGCGUUCCUGUUCCUAUAACCACGAGCAGUUUAUUCCACUCGAAACAACCACCGAUUUCAUCGGUAAGUCAACCAUUUACAUUCGCCUCUACAUCAGCAUGCCAAUUUACCGAUUCGAAAGUGAAUAUUACCGUUCCAAAAGCGAUUCUUAAUCCAACCAAUAUCCCUUGCCCAUCGCAUGUAGCUUCAAAUAGUGAUACCAUAGGUGGACAGAACAGUGCCCCACGAGUUAUUUCAUAUUCUUCAUCCCCCUCCGUGCAUACAGUGAAUAGCUAUUUAUCGCCCAUCGUUUCGCCAUAUAGUUCUGCCCAGAACGAAACUCCACCGCCGAUACAAAUGAAUACUGGACCGAAUUCACAACAUUUAGCUGCUAGACACGUCGUUCCCAAAGAACUACCCAUUUUUUUCGGGCGAUUCUAUCGAUUGGCCACUGUUCCUGAGCUUUUACCAGAAUUCUACUCAGAUGUGCGGAUACACAAACGGAGAAAACUUAAUGCGAUUGCAACGCUAUCUCAGGGGAAAUGCAUUAGAAGCCGUUAGAAGCCAUUUAAUGCAUCCAUCGUCGGUACCGCUAAUUAUAGACACUCUCAAAAUAUUAUUCGGUCGUCCUGAAAUGAUAGUUAAUUCAUUGCUAAGGAAAGUUCGUUCAACUCCGCCACCCAAGAUUGAUAAGCUAGAGACCCUCAUAAAUUUCGGACUUGCUUGUCAGAAUCUCUGUGAACAUUUACGCGCUGCUGAACAACAUGCACAUCUUGCAAAUCCAAUCCUACUUAAGGAACUAGUGGAUAAACUUCCCACUAGCAUAAAACUCGAUUGGUCUUUCUACAAACGACAAUUCAGUGCAGUCGAUCUUGAUACAUUUGGAAAGUUUAUGUCAAACCUCAUAUCUGCAGCGAGUGACGUUGUGUACACCGAACCGCCAAACGAUUCUGCUAAGCAAAACCAAAAAGAGAAAUUGUAUCUGAACACGCAUGCAUCCAGCACAUCAGAUGUAAAAACCGCACAGAAGAUGAGUGUGCCAAAGCCUUGCUGCAUCUGUCAGAUAGAUGGCCAUAAAAUAAGAGAUUGUAGAGUUUUCUUCGAAAUGAAUUUGAACGAUUGUUGGAAAAUAGUACAAGAACGGUUUUUGUGCAGAAGGUGUUUGAAUUCCCAUGGCAAGUUUCCCUGCAAAGCAUCGUAUGUAUGUGGUGUUGAAAAUUGCAUACAACGUCAUCACAAAUUACUCCAUCCGGGAAAACCACAGCUAUUUCCGCAAGUAAGCAUGCCAUCGACAACAACAGGAACAGUUUCACUUCAUCGUAACAUACAACCCUCAACCUUUUUUCGAAUAAUUCCUAUAAUCCUUUAUGCGAAUGGAAAAUCUCUAUACACCUUCGCAUUUUUAGAUGAAGGAUCUUCAACGACGAUUAUGGAAGCACGAAUAGCGGAAAAAUUAGGUCUCGAUGGUGAGAAUCGUCCUCUCUGCCUGAGAUGGACAAACGAUAUAGAAAGAACCGAAGAAUAUUCCCAGAUCGUUAACCUUAAUAUUUCGGGGUGCGAUAUGAAUGCAACACAAUAUAGAUUAAAUCGCGUUUAUACAGUUAACAACUUACGGCUCCCGAAUCAGACGUUGAACUUUGAACAAUUAUGUGAUCAGUUUCCGUACCUCCGUGGGUUACCAGUACGUAGUUACAAAAAUGCAGUUCCAAGCAUUCUCAUUGUCUCGAUAAUACUCAUUUGAAAGUGCCGUUGAGAAGUAGAGAGGGGAAAAUAAAUGAACCGGUUGCUACUAAAAGUAGACUAGGAUGGACAGUCUACGGGAAAAUUGGUGGACCAAUUACAUCUGAUGUCCACCAACAACUUCACAUCUGCGUUUGCGAGCCUAAUAAUGAACUCCAUGAUUUGGUUAAAUAAUU